CGACGGGACAGGACGGGACAGAGCGGUGCUGUGAGGAGCCCCCGCACAGCACACUCGUUCCUGUCUGACCUGGAGCUUUUCUGAGGCGUUGUUCCUGCAGCUGACCUCAAGGCCAGACUCAGGACCUGGUGACCUGUGGCCUUCCGAGGCUUCUGUUCUGCAGGUGCCCUCGAGGGCAGAGCGUGGGACUUGGUGCUCCGGAGCUUUUCCAAGGCAUCUGUCCUGCUACUAGCUCCAGUCACUGACAUGGAGCAGAGACCCCCAAGAGACCCUAGGAUGGCCUGGGUGGAGGAGGAGGAAGAAGGCUCUGGAGCUGACCCAGGAGAGGAGACAGAAGAGGUGGUGCCAUUCCAUCCACCACAGGAGGAUGCAGCCGUGGAGCGCACACAAGAGCAGCAAUCCAGCCGUGGCCACUUCCGCAGAACAGCGCAGCUCGUUUGCAAAUUCAUCAAGAGGAUUCGGCAGGAAGAGACCAUCACCAGGGGCGCUGCGUACAGACCAUACUCGCCCAUCUUCCAAAGCAAGACCAGUGCUGCCCUGCUGUAUAUGCUUGUAGAGGAAGAUUGUUACCAUCCAAAGCAAGUGCCCGCCAUGGUGAGGUACAUCCACCAGUGGCUCCUGGCCAAUGAUUCCGCUGAGCACAGGCUGGACAUGGCCCUGCUGGAUCUCACUGAAGCAACUCUGGUGAUGUGGAAGGUCCUCCAGGUGCCCUGCAUCCCACGUAUAAUGAAGGUGUAUUUCCCACACCUCUUUGUGCACCUGCUCUUCCAAGUGUUCUUCAGCACUCUGGAUAUGCCAGAAGAGGUCCUCGAGUGCCUGGACUUGAGGGAAUGCAGCGACAGUGUUCUGGAGAUCAUGACAAAGAACCUGCGGAGCGAGGACGGGGAGAGGCGUCACUUGGCACUCCGAGGCCUCGUGGUGCUGGGCAAGAAUCCCUUGAUGCUGCCCGAGUGCUUCGGGACGGGCUUUGGCCUCUAG